GUCUUUUCCCAGCCUCGCGGCCAGUGGCAGCCAUAGAUAGCCCACGAUGCACUCCAGCGGUGCCCGCAUGAUGCAGCUCUGUGCAUUGCAGGACUGCUGCAGUACCCAUUGGCCAGCAACAGACAAGCAGUGGAGAGUGCAUAUGCGGCCGCCCAACCCGACCGCCUAGACACUAGACAGCUCAGCACGCAGACAUGAUCCAAGACUUUGAACAUAUGGAAAGGCCAAGACGGGGUCCGCCAUCGUCCGCCCACCGCCCCUCGCACCCCCUCUCAUACUCUCGAGCUGCCUGGACCGCCUCCUCAGGCUCCUCCAGCUCCUCGCAGGCCACCGCCCGCCAGCCCGAGAGCGACGCCGGCGAUUACGACGAGUUUCUUCGCUCCGACUCACCACAGCCGUCCCUUGGACCUUGCGCCCCAUUGCCCUUUGCGCCCGACCCGCCGAUCUCGGACUCGGACUCGGCCUUGGACUCGGUCUCCGACCUCUACGGCCCAGACCGGCUGUACCCCAACCGGUUGUACCCCAGCCCUCCGGCUGUAAUCCUCCCCAACGCCGUUUUCGCGAGCCUAAGGGACGAGCCCGACCUCACGCUGGACGAUAUCAAGGAGAUCGGGCUCCAGGCGGAGGCCCAGGGAAGGCAAGCCGCCCUCAUCGGCAUGUCGCUCAAGGACGAGCUGGCCUGGGAGGCCUGCAGGGUCACCCCUGGUGUCGACGACGGGCCUUACAUCCACUAUGCCAUCGAGGCCAUCACCAAAGAGCGCGACGGCGAGACGGAAACCUCAACUGAGUCCAACCCGCUCUUCGCGCCCGACGCCGCUCAGCGGCCGCCCGCCGCCCUCGACCAACACCGCUCGCAGCGUUCCGCACAGCGCCAGUGGCGGCGUCCUACUCCGGGUGCCCAGCCGCUUUCGUCCGCCUCGUCCAUGUCUACUCUGGUCCACCAAGGGCCUCCCUCGCGCAUGCCCCCCAACGGCUCCCAUCCGCCGCUUUCGCCCCAAGAGGAUUGCGUAGUCUUCGACAUGGCCUUGGCCACUGACCGCGACACUCAGCGCCUGAACCCACCCGCCAACUUCAGGCCGUACAUCCUGCGCCCGCUGCCCAUGGCGGCGUUUCUCGGCCUUUGCGUGCUCAUGAUCGCAGCCCUCAUUUUCUGUGCCGCCUACUCGCUCCGUAACAACGGCUUCAACUUCGCACCUUACGCCGGCUCCAUCUACGGUGGACAAUACUUCGUCUUCCGUAUCCUCCCCGCGCUCCUCGGCGCCGUAGUCCUGCUCUGGGCGCAAUCGGUGGUCGUGGCCAUGCUUCGCAUUAUGCCCUUCAUGCGCCUCGCGUCUCCCUCGCCCGCGGAGCGCUAUGGCGCAAUAUUUGAUGACAUGUACCAGCCCUCGACCUUCCUGUGGCCUCGCCUGACUGGCCCCUGGAAUGUGUGGCUGCCGGUGCUGGUUACGUGGCUCAUGAGCUUCUCGUUGCCUCUCCAGAGCUCCCUCUUCGCCGUCGUCCUUGUCGACGGCACGUGGCGCUGGGCGACGGUGCAGGGUGUCGCCUGGACGCUCGUUGUCAUGUACCUGGCCAUGCUCGGCUCCGCCGUCGUGGUGUUGCUGUUCUGGAGGGCCAAGGAGCUGACGGGCGCCAUCUGGGACCCGAGAUCCGUGGCGGAUAUCAUGGCGCUCGUUGCGCAAUCCGGACCCAACGCGCUCAAGGACUACCGCGGCACUGAGGUGCUCGCAUCGCGUGACGAAUUGAAGUGGGCGCUCCGUCACCGCUUCAUCGACAGGCUCGCCUACUGGACCACGGCCGAGCCCAGCGACGACUACUGGUACGCGCUGGGUGCGCUCAAGAAGUACGACCUGUGGAUGCAGCAGAACCCGGACAAGCCCCUGGCCCAGCGCAUGUCGGAGUGUCCCAGUGCUUCGGGAGUCGAGAAGAAACUCGAGGGCGAGAUCGACAUCGAGGCCUUGCCGCACUCGCCCAACGUGCGCUACCGCUACCUGCCUUGGUGCCUGCGCACCCCACAGAUGGUCGGUUUCGUCGCUGCCGCCGCCCUUCUGCUGGUGGCCCUGCUGGUCGUCUCUUUCCUCCCCGCAACCAACAUCCGCAACGGCUUCCUACCAGGUCUUCCCGCUGGCCCCGUGGGUGGUGCAUUUUCGGCUGCCAACUUCCUGUAUAGCUUCAUCCCCUCCUUCAUCGGGAUGCUGCUCUUCCUGCCGUUCCAGGCCCUCGACAUGUGGGUGCGCAUCAUGCAGCCAUGGGCCGAGCUCUCUCGCCCCCGCCAGGGGUCCAGGGGCGGCGCGACGCCUCAGCAGUCCGUCCUAGCUGAUUAUGCGGCGUGUCUGCCGAUCCAGUCCAGCUGGCAUGCCGUGCGCAAUGGGCAUUGGCGCGUCGCCGUCAUCUCGUUCCUCUCUGUUCUCUUCGUCCUGAUCCCCGUGCUCGCAGGCGGCGUCUUCAUGGCCCUGACGCUGUCGACGUCUGAAGUGCGCAUGCUUCCGCUCGUGUCGGGAUUCGGAACUAUCCUUGCGCUCCUCGUUCUGUACCUGGUCGCGCUUUGCUCCCUGCUGCCCGGACGUCAGGAUUUCCGCCUGCCGCACGGCGUCACCUGCUUGGCCGAGGUUAUCAGCUUCGUGGCCAACGACGACGUGCUCGAGGAUCCGGCUUUCCAGGGCGUGCGCCACAAGACGGUCCUCCGGGGCAAGCUGGGCGCAGACAACCCAGACAGCGCAGACACAUGGGCCCUGGGGCUGGGUCCCGGCAAGGACUCCAGGCUGGGGAUCCGGCGCCAGACGCGUUUUACAGACCACCAGCGCCGCACGAGCAGGAGGCAGAGGCGAAACACGGCCUCGGCCGAGGGGGGUGUCUUUGAUGGCGCCGACGACGUUCAUGUUUAAUGUCUAAUCUCGACUCCUCAAGCGUGGAGUUAGUGUCACACUUUGAGUGUUCCUUUCCCAUAUCUUUUCAGCGUUUGCCUUUACAUAUCAUGCAUUGCGUGGGCGUUUUGGUGGGCUUUCUUUAUCGAGUUUCUCUUGCUUUUCUUUCCCUCUCCGGUUCAUUGACGAGUCGAUGAGUAUCCAUGCUUCCAUGCAUAAUGCGGACACGCUCACGGACACGACAUUAUGCUCAUGUGUUUUUAGACUUGUAGGACUCUUGUCCACCUCGCUUUCUUCCCCCGAUAUGCUUACGGUAUUUGGUCUUGUUGUUUCUUUCUGGCACAUUUCAGCUUAGACAUCUCUUGGAUUUACGCGGCAACGGUAGCGGGAAGCUUGUUUUCGGACAUUUCCAUGCAUGCAGACAAAGAAACGGAUGAAGUUUUGCACAGCAGUCCAAUCGGACGAUCAAAUCACCUGCUUUUCGCC